UCCAACUUCAGGUAAAAAGACAGGCUAGAGAUGGAUCAAAUGCUUUGAUACCUUGCCCACUACUACCACUCUCUCUGUCUCUCUGUCUCUCUCUCUCUCUCUCACUCUAGCUGGCUUUGAAAAUGUUGGUUAAUCUGAUACAAAAUCUGAGACUCCUCCUAUUAACUCUAGCAUCAGGAUUAUUACUAGUAACCGCACACUAUUCCUCAUCAUCCGACCCAUCUCCCUCAUCAUCAUCAUCAUCCUGGUGGGGUGGUAGUAGUAGUGCUACUACUACUAGUUCUACUUUUACAGAGUGGAGAUCCGCACACGCCACCUACUACGCGGCGGCGGACCCCCGUGACGCGGUGGGAGGAGCAUGUGGGUACGGCGACCUGGUGAAGGGUGGGUACGGAAUGGCGACGGCGGGGCUGAGCAGCACAGUGUUCGAGAGGGGGCAGAUCUGCGGAGCCUGCUUCGAGAUCAGGUGCGUGGAGGAUCUCCGUUGGUGCAUCCCCGGCACCUCCAUCAUCGUCACCGCCACCAACUUCUGCGCCCCCAAUUACGGCUUCUCUUCCGUCUCCGGCGGCCAUUGCAACCCCCCCAACACCCACUUCGUCCUCCCCAUCGAAUCCUUCGAGAAGAUCGCCAUUUGGAAGGCUGGCAACAUGCCCAUUCAAUAUCGCAGGAUUAAAUGCAGAAAGGAAGGAGGAGUUCGAUUUGCAAUUGAAGGUUCAGGAAUAUUCCUGUCAGUGCUGAUCAGUAAUGUUGCCGGUGCUGGAGACAUAGUGGCGGUGAAGGUUAAGGGUUCAAGAACAGGAUGGCUACCCAUGGGCAGAAAUUGGGGCCAAAACUGGCAUAUAAAUGCUGAUUUGAAGAAUCAGCCUCUUUCAUUUGAAGUCACUAGCAGUGAUGGGGUCACACUUACAUCUUACAAUGUUGCCCCAAAAAAUUGGAAUUUUGGGCAAACUUUUGAAGGCAAGCAAUUCCAGUCUUAAAAAAUUGAGAACAACCCGUUUAUCCUUAAUUUUCCUUUUUGAUUGGGUUGGAAUAUAGGGUUUGUGUUGGAUUGGAUUGGUGGGUCUUUUUUCUUGUGUUGUGAGUCUAAUGUGGGUAAGGGAAAGUUAGAUAUGUCAAGUCAUACUUAAAAUCAUCAGGUAAGCAAAGAAACUAAGGGCUUGUUUGGUAGGGUUUAUUUCAGUUUUUAGUUUAAUUUAAGCUAUUUUGAUGUGUUUGGUUCAACUUAACAA